GGAUACACAUCUCUCAAACUUAUAACAAGUCGCUGCCAAUUGUCGUAGUUCAGUCGAGCUUCUCUAACGCGGAGGAUGUUGUUACUCAUCCGGAGCUCCUCACUUCGGAACUUGCUCCGCACAUCCGCAAAGUUUUUAUUCUUCGCACUGAUUCUCACAAUGACGGCCACCUUGUUACAAGGCACUUACAGGGAAUUGCAAGAAGAAUAUCAGGUGGACGAGGACUGGGUUUUGUCACACAUCACCAACGAGACCGGAGCCGACCACUUUAUCGUCCCCAACAUCAUCCACCUGAUUCGGUUCAACAAGACGGAAUUCUCUUUCACCGACUACAUCUGCACCCAGGCUGCCUUCCGCAAUCACCGGCCAGACUAUUUCUACGUUCACACGGACGCGCCGGAAGGCCGGUUCAGCGGAAAGUAUUGGGAAUUAAUUGAAAAGGAUCUCGAACUGAGAUCGCACAUUCGCAUUUUACCGCUGGAACCUCCGUCGGAGAUUUUCGGCCAACAGCUCAAUCCGCAAUGGAGAAACUAUCAUGGUGGAGACGUUGCUCGCAUCCGCACCAUGAUGAAGUACGGCGGCAUUUAUUUAGAUAAUGAUGUCUACGUUAUCCAAAAUUUGGAUAAGUAUCGCAAGUUUGAAAUUGCCAUCAAUUGGGAUGAGGGUCAGUUCCUUGGUAGUCAGGUGAUUAUUGCUAAUAGGAAAGCACGUUUUCUCUCUUUAUGGCUCGACUCUUAUCGGGAAUAUCACCCAGAAUUAUGGUAUUACAAUGCGGGAGAGCGGCCAACCAAAGAAAUUUUAUACCAGCAUCCGGAAUUGGUUCAUCGAGUCAAAGUUCAAUUCGGUGCUGACGUUGAUUUAUCCUUUUAUCUCUACACCCAACAAGAUUUUGAUUGGCGUUCGCUGGAUACCAUUCAUCUCAUGAUCAAUCAUCGUGGUUACCUGGAUCCUUAUUACAAUGAAACACCUACUUUUGACGAAAAGAUAGUCAAAACGUAUCCGUAUCCGUUUGGAGACAUGGCUCGAGAAAUGGUGAUGGCAUCCGGAAUGGAAAAUUUUAUCAAUCAAAAGAUUGUUUGAGUAAUAUCUAUUAUGCCUUUGAAAAGAUAUUAGCUUUAUUGCAAUCAAGAUUAAUUAAUGAAAAAUGUAGAAAAUUUGAUAAAUAUUACUACAGACAUAUCGCAGUGUAGAUAUUAUUUGUAUCCAUUUCACUAACACAUAUUUGAAUUUUCAAGCGAUAGUACAGAAUCUAUUAAGGACACCCUUUUUUCUAAUGAGAAAGCCUCGCAUAUUUCAAACAUGGAUGAAUCAGCGCAUUUAUAUAAUACUGGAAUGUGUCUAAGCAAAUACAGUUGUCGGCCAAUUGCGAAAGAGCUAGAUCCAUUGACGCAAUUCAUUUGAUUGCCACAGACAAA